AUGAUGACCUUCUCUUAUGCUUUUUCAGCUCUCCUUCUUGUCCCACUGUUUGUGCUGUUUUCCUCGUCCACACAUGCUCAAAUCGUUCCUUCCAUACAAUUCAACCAAGCAAUAGACUCUGCAAUGGCAGAACUGCAAAGUGAAUCGUCCUUUACUUCCUUUGUUCAACAGGCUUUGCCCUAUUACUCGGUGCCCUAUUGUGGUACGAAACCCAAUUAUCCUACUUUUUCUCCAAUACCUUCAAAUGUCAAGUCUCUCAUUUGUUGUGGACCCUAUAAACCAACGGAGGACAAUUGGAGUAGUGUCUAUCGAAAAGUUUCCAAUGGGCUUGCUGACAAGUUGAACAGCAAGUUUGGACUCCAAUUGAGUGCUGUUUACAAACCCAUCAACACCACUGAGUUUGGAUAUUUUGAAAGUUUAAGGAGAGCAGUGAAUACAGGUGCAUGUGAUGUUGUAGUUUCCGAUACAACACACACCAAAGAAAGGGCUGCUGUGGUAAAUUUUGCCACAUGUGCCUAUGGUUCUUCUUCAUCAGGCUUUUUAAGAACAUCUUUAGACUCUAAUGGAACCUAUAUUGAUGAAUUAUCAAAAUUGAAUUCUCCUAAUUAUAUUGUGGCUUUCUACGCAAGUACUGUUUAUGAAAUUGCUGCAAAUACUUCCCUUCCACUUGCUCAGAAAAUUCGAGUGACAUCUCUCGAUACUGAUCCUUAUAAUCUUGUUCUUCAAAAUAAGAUUCAUGCUUUGAUUUCCGAUGCUGCUGAUUUGAAUGCAUGGAAGGCUGCCAAUAGCGAUAAAUGUAGCAAUUGUUACGUGAAAGCCUUUGGUGAGUUAGCUCCCUUUGGAAUUUUUACAGCACAAACCACGAGAAGCUCGAGUAUUGGUUUUAUUUUGCAUAGAAUCGGAAUGAGUCAAUUGAUGAUGAUCGCAGUGCUCAGCAUGACGGUCUUAAUUUCUGUAUUUCAUAUUAUUUAG